UCUGUCUUACCUAUUGUAAUCAUGUUGCUAAACAUUUUCAUUAUUUGACAGCUAAACUACAAAGCAUCAAUAUACUAGUUCAUACUACUAUUACAUAACCUGAUUCAUUAUUGUUAUUGACAUCACUGUGAAGAGAUAAGAAUCAUUGUAGACUCAACUACCUGAUUAGAAUAAACUCUAGCACAAUUUUCUCUCCUUCCUUGUGAAUGAGUUAUCUGCCUUGAUCACCGUCGUCGUGUGUGUACGUGUGCGUGUGCGGGAGGGAACUUACACAGCAAUAGGAGGAUAAACAUACGGAACAGGAAUAUUGAUAUCCAGAGAAUUGUUCAUUGAACAGCCUGGAAACAUGGAAAUACCGAUCACCAGAGAUCUAACAAACAAUUGGUCACUGAUAAGUACAAAUGCAUCUCAGUUACCUCCAAUGCAACAGCCACAACAACAAACAACUAUCGACUUACAACAGACAUUUAUUGGAAACUAUACUAAUCCUUCAGUCAGUGAACUUGUCACACUAAUGCCGACAUCCUCAUCGCCAACACUGUCAACUGUAUCCACACCGGGUAAACGAAUGAUGAAUGAUCCUCCUCAGACGUAUUGGAAUGAAGUCAGCCAACCUGUGAAUGGAAUUACACAGAUACACACAGAGGCGAUAACUGGUUAUUAUACAAAUUCACUAGGUUCUUCUUCUAUUAUCUGUCCUAUUAUAAAUCCACAAAUAACUCAACCCCCACCGCCAAGCUGUUCUUCUGUUGUAAAGCAUACACAUCCAGCUAAUUCGAUACAUUCAACCACCACUUCAGGAGUGGUAUCAAGUACUACAGGAAAUUCAGGUGGUAAACUUCCUCGUCAACGUAAAAAAGAUCCCUACAUUCCUAGUUAUAUGGAUCCAGCUAACGGUCCUGAACCAUGUGUUGUCUGCGGUGAUAAUGCUACCGGGUUUCAUUAUCGUGCUAUGACAUGUGAAGGUUGUAAAGGUUUUUUUCGGCGUUCAGUACAAAAGAAACUUGUCUACACGUGUAAAUUCAAUGGGAGAUGUUCAGUUUCAGAUAAACAGAAUAGAAACAGCUGUCAAAAGUGUCGUUUCGAUCGAUGCAUUAAAGGUGGUAUGGCUAAAGAUUUGGUGCUGGAUGAAGAGAAACGCCUGGCAAAACGUCGUCUUAUUGAAGCGAAUCGUGCACGUAAACGUGCUGAAUCUGAUAAUGCAAUGCAACAAGGCCAGUUGACUUCAGGUCCAAGUCCACCGAAACAAACCAACUUCUCACAACAACAACAACAACCACUGCCACCAUCUGUUCAACCGAUUGCUGUUACUCCCUCACCUCUUCUCUCGUCUCCAUUAGUAAGUCAACAGAAUCCACAUAAUCAUCAAAUCCGGCAACAAUCACAAUCACAACAGAUUAGAUCACCAUUAGUAUCAACAACGAAUCAACAACGUCCUGUGCUACACAAUAGUUAUCCAACGACAAUAACUACACAAACAGGCAUAAUGAAUUUCGCAAGUCUAUCACCGAAUGAUGAGAAGUCCACUCACCAACUACAUAUGUGUACUAAUCUCAGCCCGAAACCAUCAGGUGCAUCAACAACCACCUGUGUAACUAGUUUCAAUCGACAUGAUUCUACAUCUUCAAUUCAAGCAAUAUACGAUCCAAAUUGUGCUAUGCUUCCACUAUUGCAAACUUCACCGACAAGAAAUCAAUUCAUCUACUCAGAUGGCAAUUCUCCAGUACAUCAUCAAGGUCAUUAUAUAAGUCCUAAUCAUCAUCAUCAUCAUCAACCUCCACCUGCUGCUUCAUUUCAUCAGCAUCAACAGCCUCCAGUAGUACAUUCUCUACCAGCUCCAACUACCGAUAUGCUAUCGAAUAAUGCACUACAUUCAAAUUCCAUGAUAAACAUCACAUCAAAUGUUCCAGUGGACCCUAAUAAUCAUAUUUAUUGGCCGAAUAAUUCAUGUGUAAGUGAAGUAAUGGAGAGUACAUUUCAUCAACCUUUAACCACGUUACAUAACAAUAAUAGUAAUAGUAAUAAUAAUGACAGUGUUAGUCAAAUACAUCAACAUGUUCCACCGUCAAACACUUCAGGACAACAUCAUCAAGACAGUAUGAUUCAUACAAAUGUUGUAACUAAUUCUACAUGGGAUAGUGAACAAUUUACACCAUCGAUUAUAUCUACCGGGGGUCAUGUUUCACAAUGUUGUCCAGUAAAUAUAGUCAGUGAAACUCUACCGUAUACAUCACAUCCACAACAACACUUUCAACAUGUUGAACAGCAAUCGCCUCAUCACCACCAUCAACAACAACAACAACAAGCAUCUCCACCUCAAUCAGUUACACCGUUGAAACAUCAUCCAGAUGUCACACUAGUUAUGCAAAAUACAAAUUCUAUGAAUAUUUUUCAAACAGAUGGACCAAUUCUAGGGAAUAAUUCAACAAUUAGCAGCACCAACAGCGACAGCAACAUUAAUAAUAAUAAUGAAAUGAAUAAUAUGAAAUUGAUUCAAUUAGACGAUGAAAAUUUUACAACAUCGAUGACUUCAAUGAUGAAUACACCGUCUGAUAUGAAUUCGUUACAUCUAACAUCUUAUUCCUCCUGCUCCUUAUCAGCAUCAUCGCAACCUUCAUCGUUGUCAUCAUCCUCAUCAUCGUCUUCUUCUUCGUGUUCCGGUUCUUCAUCAAUCUCAUCAUCGUCAUCAUCUAAUUUUUCAGUACCAAUAGGGAAAGAAGGAGAGGAAAAAUUUCCCAUCGUUUCAAAAUCAGCUGACUCAUUCAGUGGGACAGAUGAACUAUUUCUUUGGACGAUUGAUGAUCAAAAUUUAAUUGAUUCAAUUCGUAAUGCCUAUGAAUCGACAUAUUUUGAUUCGCCUACUAAAAAAUUUCCUCAAGAGAAACAAUUAACUGACAGCACCACCGAUGAUGUUCAAAUGAAUUCAGGUGAAUUUGUUAUUAAAAGCAUCGUAGAUUCACAUGUGACGGGGUUUCUUACAAAGUUGGAUGAAAUCGAACAAGAAGAUAUAAAACAGGCAAGAGCAUUUUAUAUGACAACAUUUCAUGAUUUAGCUUAUCUUAUUGAACCAGCGAUAACACGUCUGGUGACAUUUGCUAAACAAGUGUCCGGAUUCGAUUUGCUCGAAGCAGAUGAUCAAAUUCGUCUAUUGUGUGGAUGUUGCCUUGAUCUAAUCACACUAAGAGCUGCUUACUGUAUGAGUAGAUCAGUUAAAACUCAAGGCUUAACUGAAAAUCCUUUGUCAACACAAGCCUCAACACCAUCAUCACAAGUCAGCACAAAUAAUCAGGUCAACAACAACAACAACAAAGAUUCAUAUCAUCAAAACAAUUACAAUACCCUUACACCCCCACAUAUACCAAAUACUAAUUAUCCAAAACUUGGUACAUCGGAUGAAAAGUGUGCUCAAUUGAUUCGUGGUAUAGCCAUAAAAAUGGCUAAGUUGAAUAUUGAUCAAACGGAUGUUGCAAUGAUGGCGGCUAUCCUACUGAUGUCCCCAGAUCGAAGUGACCUUCUAAAUACAGACAUAAUCGAGAAUAAUCAAAGCACCCUAUUGGAAACAUUUAAUCGUUAUGUCAAUCGUUCCCGCGGACAAAUUAAACAAUCCGGUAAUUAUUCAAUCCCUAGUUCACAAUGUUGGCCACGUAUUAUAAUGACACUGACUGAACUACGCUCAGUAACAAUGUGUGCACAAGAUUUCUUCACGAAUACACCUGAACACAAUGACAGUACAAAUCAGUUACCAUGGUAUUUUCAUGAAUUAUUUUUAGUUGAAAAUGAAGAGGUGUUCAAUGCUAAAGAUUGAAAUUCAGAGGUAGAUCUACGCGCAUUUGAAGUUUAAACUAUGCUACAUUUCUUUUAAUCUACAGAAAAUAGAAGUAAAACAACCUUUUUCUUAGUUGAACAUUGGAUAUUGAACUAUUCCAGUUGUUAAUAUCACCUCUGAGCUGUAUGAGUCACCUUCUUCAUUUUCGACUUUCAGUUCUUUAAACAGCAUAUAAUCCAAUGAAGAAAAAGAAAAAAAAAUUAUAUUUCCGCCUUCUCGUCUUAGUAUUUGUAAAAUUUUAAAACAGUCUCCUUGGUGAGAAACAAUCACAGCAACAUUUAAAGCUUUCACCAACCUCUCCUUGUUUUUAACAUUUGCACCACUUUUCUACACUCCACAUCUUCUUUCUUCUUAUUAUUAUCAUCAUCCCAUUUUAUCCGUUUUCUAAACGUCAUAAUACCUCUUCCAGUUCUAGAAUGAACCCAUGUGUGAUAAGCCGAAUCAAAAUUUUGAUUAAGGCGCCGAGUCUUUUCAUUUUGUCAAUGAUUUAUUCAAAGUAUCUGCUUAGAAAAUAUUCAUAACAUUCAUUGGUGUGUUUUGUGUUAUAUAUACUACACAAGUAACUGUGGUGACAAAAAUAAAUCACAAUCUCAGGGAUUCAAUGAAUUCAAUUUGCCUCAUUUACAAGUGAUAGAUAGACAGUUUUUUUUCUCUGUCGUUUAACCCUUUUUUUCAUUCAUAACAACUGUUCAUACAAAGUUAAAGGGUCUCGAAUGUGCACAGCUACAUUGUACUACCUACAUUUACUUUUUCUGGUGAAUGAAUGAAUGAAAGGAAGGAAGGACGGAUGUUCUUUUAGGCUUAACAAAAUAUACCUGUGAUUAUUACUCUUUCUAUUAAUUAUCUUUCUAUUCCACACAUUUUGUUUGUACCUUAGUGUGUUAGAUAUCAGCCUGUGAAACUCUAUUGUCCCUUUAAUUUGUUCGUAAUAAUGAUGUUCAAUAAUAUUGUUUUAUUUAAACAACA